CAAAAAUUUUAAAAGAAAAGGGAGAGUACGUACAAAGCGAUUAUUUGUACCUAUAGUUAUAAUAAAAAAGAGAAUUCCGUUUGUACGGGGAUUGGGCAGCAAAAGAAAGGAAAAUUUUGCAAGUGAAUCUGCUGCUGCGUGCUUUUGUAGGUCUCUGUCGAGGUUCUUGUUCUCGCGAGACGUGGCUCAGUCAGGCAUUAGUGAACAUAUUGCUUGUAUUCCCAUCGUCAGUCGUGAUCAAGCUGUGAGAGGAUGAAGUCGAGUGUUUCUGUGAUUUUGCUGCUGUGCAGCAUUGUGUUAAUUGGUAGUGCCCAGGGCUACGUAGCGAGGCCACACUACGUGGCUGGAGGAAAUCCCACACUUCCUGACCCCUUCGAGGUGGUCUGUCGAUGGAAGCAGCUCAGCUACCGCGACCCCCCACGUUCCCCGGAGGAUCAACUUGCUGGCCAGGAUUACUACAUUGCCAAAAAUAACAUUCCAACGGGAUUCUCAAAGCACUUCCAAUCAAGAAGGAUCUUUGUCACUGUACCCCGUCGUACGCCAGGAAUUCCCUCAACAGUGAACUUUGUCUUUGAGGAUGAAUGUCGCAAUGGAAGCCCCAGUCUCAGACCCUAUCCGGAUUACGUCACAAAUGAACUUGAGAAUGAUUUAGCUGAGAAUCCAGCGAGAAUCAUUUCAGUCUAUCGUCCCGUUGUGGACGUGUGCAAUCGCCUUUGGUUCGUGGACACUGGGAUUCUCGAGUACCCCCAGGGGAAUCGCACGGUAGUCCAGAAUCCAGCAAUUUGGAUAUUCGAUUUACGUCGCAAUCGUGUCAUAAGGCGCUUCACAAUUCCCGAUGGGCUCUACGGUGUUGAGGGUGUUGGCCUGAUCUCCAUGACGGUGGACACGAAUGCCUACAACUGCGACGACGCCCACGCGUAUAUGCCUAAUUUGGAAUUGCGGAACCUUCUUGUCUACUCACUGCGACGGAAUGAUAUUUGGACUUUCACGCAUCCCUUCAUGCAGCCCGAUAUGGCGAAUGCAAACUACGUACUGGAUGGGUUGAAGUUUGGCUUCCCCGAUGGGAUCUUCUCGGUAGCCCUGUCGCCAAAUGUUAACAAUCGCAUCGCCUUCUUCCACCCAUUGGCUAGUUUGCAGGAGUUCUCCGUUCCCACGCGAGUUCUCAAGGAUAAAAGUCUCUCUCCGGAUAAAUAUGCGCCUGGUGACUUUAAGGAUUUAGGCGUGAGGGGAAGGCAAGCGCAGUCAGCUACUCAUGACAUUGAUCAACGUGGUGUGCUGUACUACACGGAAAUCCAAACAAACUCCAUCAAGUGCUGGAAUACUCAAACUGCGCUGAAGCCGGAAAAUGUGGGAACAGUGUACGAGGAUGCAGAAACCCUGACUUAUCCGAAUGAUCUGGAAAUUGACCCUGUUGGUGACAUCUGGGCCAUGUCCAAUCGCCUCCCGAUCUUCAUCUACCGCGGACUCAAUCCAGACGAAUACAACUUCCACAUUGUCCGCGGCCGUGGGGACUAUGCCAUUCAGAAUACCGUCUGCAAUGUUCCAGAUCCAGAUGCAAUUGUCUUCGGGGAAUGAUUUCCAUCAUCUCAAGGAGGAUUCUUUAUUCUUAGAAGUUAAAACAGAGUCAAGAGAGAUCCUCAAUAAGCAGGGAAGUUAAUGAUGUAUUUUUAAUUUUGAUGAAUUUGUGAAUUUAUAAUGAUAGAGACUCAAUAAAAUAAAUACCUACAACAACUAAAAAUAAAAA